GGUCACGUGCCGCUGUUUGGCGCUUUUGUGCGCGCUCGGGUCUGUUGGUGCUCAGUGCGGCCAGGCGGCUCGGACCGGGCAGGGCUUUCCUUGCCAGUGGAUUGUGUAGAAUAUAUUGCCAGGCUCUUGUCUUCUGUUCACCAUGGCUUCUUCUGAUAUCCAGGUGAAAGAAUUGGAGAAGCGUGCUUCAGGCCAGGCUUUUGAGCUGAUUCUCAGCCCUCGAUCAAAAGAAUCCGUCCCAGAAUUCCCCCUUUCCCCUCCAAAGAAGAAGGAUCUUUCCCUGGAGGAAAUUCAGAAGAAAUUAGAAGCUGCAGAAGAAAGACGCAAGUCCCAUGAAGCUGAGGUCUUGAAGCAGCUUGCUGAGAAACGAGAGCACGAGAAAGAAGUGCUUCAGAAAGCAAUCGAAGAGAACAACAACUUCAGUAAAAUGGCAGAGGAGAAACUGACCCACAAAAUGGAAGCCAACAAGGAGAACCGCGAGGCACAGAUGGCUGCCAAACUGGAGCGUUUGCGAGAGAAGGACAAGCACAUUGAAGAAGUGCGGAAGAACAAAGAAUCCAAAGAUCCUGCUGACGAGACUGAAGCUGACUAAUUUGUUUUGAGAACUGAUUUUCUCCCCCUCCCCUUCCUAAAUAUCCAAAGACUGUACUGGCCAGUGUCAUUUUAUUUUGCCCUCCUGACAAAUAUUCUAGAAGCUGAUGUAGGACCAUAGGUAGAUCCAAAUUGUAUGAUGUUGUUUUAGGGGUUAAAGGGGAGAAACUGAAAGUGUUUUACUCUUUUUCUAAAGUGUUGAGGUCUUUCUAAUGUAGCUAUUUUUCUUGUUGUACCUUUUCUACUUCAGUACACUUGGUGUGCUGGGUCAAUGGCUAGUACUGUUUUGGCUCUGUGAAAACAUGUUUGUGAAAAGAGUAUGUAGUGGCUUCUUUUAAAUUGUUAGAUGCUGAAUAUCUGUUCACUUUUAAAUCCCAAUUCUGUCCCGAUCUUACCAGAUGCUACUGUACUUGAAUGGUUAAUAAAACUGCACAGUGCUGUUA